GACGGGAUCGGACAGGACAGGAUAUGGCUGCGGGCGGCCGAGGUUGAGGAGCCAGGUACGGGCGGGGCCUGCGCCCCUUCCUGCGCGCCUGGUCUGUGACCCGCGGGGUGGUGGCCCGGCGCUGCUUCGUCCGCGCUCCCGGCCCCGGCGCCGCUGGAGUUCUUGGACCUCCCCCCGGUCCCGGUUUUCCAAGCGUCCCCCUGCGCGGUGUCCUGCAGCCGGAGCAUCGACCUCGCACGUGGAUGAAGGCAUUUUGGAGCUGAUCUCCUUCGCUGAAAACUAAGAUGAACAAAACCAUGGAUACUUAUACCAGAGCUCGGAGCAGUCAUAUGAAGCCUAGAGUAUUUGUGAAAAAGAGUUUUGGUGAAGGUGUGCUGCUCUCUGUGAAGUCACUGCUACAAAGCAGAAAAGAACUAUGCAGCCUGUCAACAGAGGACUGUUUAAGCCAGAAGGAACACAACAGUUUUAUUGAGAUCACAUUUAUAGGUUUUACUGAAGAGACUGAUGGUCAUAUGCAGGAGUUGGCUGCUGUUUCUGCAGAACUCCCAGAUGUUCUAAAAUUGCUACAGUUGCGCACUCUAAAUGAAAAUGAAGUCAUUUUUCUGAAGGAUACAAAUAAACCCUUGGAAAGACCUGAUGUCCCACAUUAUCAGAGUCAUCUUUCUGGAGUGCUUUGUGUGAUGAGAUUGUCUCCUUCAUUUCCAAGGACUACGGUUGAUUCUGUAUUUACCUUGCUGAGCAAAUACUCUACUGGUGUAAGGUAUGCAAUGGAAGUGAACUCGGUACAGAAACAACAUCCAGAGACAUCCCAUACAGAGGAUGACGACACAAAUCAAUCAGUAUCUUCAAUUGAGGAUGAUUUUGUCACUGCUUUUGAGCAUCUAGAUGAAGAAGAGCCUUCAAAGACCCAGAAUGCUGGUAUUAGCCAUGUUACUCCUCGAAGCCACCGUGAUGCUGCCUCACAGACGAUCCCUUCUCAUUGUUUAGAAGCCAUCGAUUCCAAGAUUAUUUUUAGUUCUUUUCAUCAAAAGUCAUCUGCCAAGUCUUCUGCUUCUCUGAUAAAUAUCUUGGGGCUUAAAGAACUAUCCUCCUCUCUAAAGAGUUCAGUCACAACCUCCAUUUCUGAUCCUUGGGUACAGAGGAGUUUCUACAAGCCGUGCAGUUCUUCUGAUCAAAGUGUUAAUUUUUUGCAUAAAACAUUGUUUUCCUCCUCUCCUGUUGAAUCAUCUGAGUCAAAUUGCUCUAGCCCAAGUCCAGUCAUUUUCUUAGAUGAAGAAGGGUAUCAAAAAAGCUUGAAAGCAAAACUUCAGCUACCAAAAAUUCCACUAGUGAAAGAUGGUAUAGAGGAUUCAGACUCAGAAGUAAGUGAAUUUUUUGAUAGUUUUGAUCAGUUUGAUGAACAGGAGCAAAGUUUGGAAAGUACUUGUAAACUUAUUAGGGAUCCCAUCCUUGGUAAUCCACCCCAGAAGAGAAAGGUCACCCAUGAACAACUGCAUUCAAUAACCACCACUAUGAAUCCUCAAAGAUUCAAGUUUGAUCGGCCCAUUCUUCCAGCCAAUGUAAGGAAACCAACUCCUCGUAAACUGGAAUCACCGUAUAGCAACCUCUUUGAUGUUCCAGAUUCCCCACGUCCAGUAAAAGCAUCAGGAGAAGACAGUGGGGGUUUGUUCAGUCCUAUCAGAUCCUCAGCCUUUAGUCCUCUAGGAAGCUGCGCUUCCACUGAAUGUCUUUGUCGGAUGGAUCUCAGUGGAGACGGGAAUAAUCAGAAUUAUGAUACACUUUACAGUACAUAUUCAGAUUAUGCAAACAAUGUUUCAUUUGAAAUACUAGGUUCUCUUUUUCAUCCUCAGUCUUCACCAGGACAAAUACAUGCAGAAAACAAUUCUAACCUUAGUAGGAUUGCCUUAGGAGAGGAAAAAGGUCAACCUUUAGAGUUCAAAGGGAAAACGUCAGUUACGGAGCAAGAUAAGAAAGCUAAAUCUAAAUGCAAAUCACUAAUGAUUAAAGACAGCAUUCAAAAAUUUGCAACAGAAUUGGUUGAGAAAAGUUUUGGCAGUGCAUUUAAAGACCUACAGAAAGGAGUUUCUUCAUGCACCAAUGCACUGUGUCACUUGGCUGCUAGAUUGACUUCUUCAGUCUUUCAGAUGGCUUUUUACGAGAUUGGCAGACAGCGAGCCUUUUCACUGAAGGAACGUGCCAUUAAUGGACUAGCAAGCCUUUUGGUUAGUGAAGCUAUAACAAGUGCUUUGAAAGAACUGCGAUAUGUAAAGAAACAAAUAUUUACAAACACAGUUGCAGGAUUUGCAGCAGACCUGGCUGAAGAACUUGUUUUUGAAGGAAUAAUGGAAGUCUGUCAGUUUUCAUAUCCAUCAUCGCCCUCAGCUGCCCAUUAUUCGUCCUUUGAAUUUGAAGACAAAGUGGUGAGAUCAUAUGCCAAAGAUUUGUCUGAAUCUGUCAUUCAGGAAGCUUUUAUUGAAUUAUCCCAGGUUGAUGUGACCUUCACAACACAAGCAGCAAUUAGUGUUUCCAUGGACAACAUAAAGUAUGUAAGUGCAGAAAGUAUGUUGCAGUCAACACAAACAUCCACUGCUUUUUCUAACUGUCAUGAAAGAAGUCUUGCAACUUUGCAUCCAGUACAAGAAUCUGGAAAAGCAUAUACCAUACAACAAGCUUUGUUUUGCACCUCUGGUGUUGUUAGUUCAAUACCAGUACCGUUAGCUGGAAGAGCACUUUGUCAACAUCAGGUUUCUUCUGAUGUUUAUAAUGUAAAAGUGUGCACUGGUCCAGUCUUACGUGGAAAUCUGAAAAUGUGCAAAGAGUCAACACAGCCAUAUUUUACAACUAAAAAUAGAGAAGAGGAAGUGGCUUCUCUUAGAAAUAUUUACCUGACUCCAGAUCACAGUCAAAGUACUGGAAGUUGCGCACAGUUUUUGUGUAACCGGAGUGAUAACAAACAAACAAACAGUAAUUCUGGAGUGAAUAACAUUUCAGAAUUAACUAAGGGGCCAAAAAGCAUCAACAGUUUCUCUGGAACAAUGGUAGACAUGAUAGUAAAUGAAGCUUACGAAGCAUUAACCUCAUCUAGAGUUACCAAAGCCAUGGAGGGUUAUACUGGUUUUUUAACCAGAAAAAUAGUAGAGAGAGAACCUCAUCUACAGUGUAUUGGUGAUGACGUACCUAAGAUUAUGUUUGCUGAUCAUUUAGCCAAACAUAUUGUGAAACAGUCUGAUAAAACUAUAUCUGCAUUAUCCAAAACAAAUGAGACUGAAGUAUAUAAUGGAGGCUCACAGACAAAUACAGAUAAUAGCAGAAAAGAAGUGUAUAGUACAAUAAAGAAACAGGAGUCUGAAAAACAAAAUAUUGUUCCUAUGAUUAUGGAACAACAACAGAUGCCCUUGAAUAAUCCAUCUAAAAUUCUUGUUACUCCAGUUCAUUCUACUCAGUGUUGUCUUUCUCCACCAAAACAUCAUGCUCAGGAACAAAAAGGAUAUGGAGUACCUAGGUUUUGUUCAGGCGUCCUGCCACCUUGUCUACCUGUGACCGUUACUAGGCACGUUGUUGAAGACUUCACUAAUUCCAGAAGCUGUUCAGUAAAGUCCUUAAAUAAACCAUUGAAAAAAUAUGAUACGCAAAACGCACCGUCUGUUCCUAUGGCUUUUGGGCAGGAAAGUUCUUUAGUACACACAAUGACGUUUGGCAGUGAAGAUGCUUUGCAGGUGGAUGAUAAAUCAAGUGUUAGAGAUGGAAAUAUCUGUGCAGUUCCUGAUACACCACCACCAACUCCUUUAGUACCUUUACAAACAGGUUCUGAAUGGAGCUUACGGAAGCUAACCAAGAAACUUAAGGGAGAAUUAGCAAAGCAGUUUGCACCUGCAACACCACCCUCCACACCUUAUAACCCAGCUGCUGCUGGGUUAUCUGAAACUGAACAUGACUCCUUGGGAAAGGAAGAAUUUAUGUUAAAACUUAUGCGAUCACUUUCUGAAGAAGUUGAAAGCAGUGACGAUGAAGAACAUUCUCAAAUGCUGGAGGAGAAAGCUGAACAUUCAGAGAGAACAGUAGAGUAUGCGGAUCAUUUAGCCAGCCAUAUCAUUUCAAUGGCAACUGAAAUGGCUGCUUUCCACUUAGAUGCCAAAACAGCUCAAAGAGAAGCUGAUAAACGCCUCCAGUUAAAUGUGCAAAACAAAAGAUGUGCAUAUACUGCGUUUAUAAACAUCCCAGAAGAAACUUUAAAUUCACUGUGGAACUAUGCAGGUGAUAUGGCUGGAAAAGUUAUCAGUGAGGCCAAGAAAAUGGUAAAAUCAAGGCAUUGCAAGCUACUGAGGUUAAAGCGGGUCAGUUGUCAUGUGGACUGUCUUCAUCUUAGACGAAAGGAUAAAGAUUGUAGUUCGAAAGAGAGGUGGGGUCCAGUGGUGGACCAGUGGUCCAGAGAGGUAGAUUCAUCCAUGCUUUCUUUACCUCAGAGUUCAAGCUCAACAGGUCUGACUUCCAAGUAUCCAAGCUGUGAGAGUGUGACUGAUGAAUAUGCAGAUCACAUCAUUAAAGUUCUGAAAAGGGAAGGUGGUAACAGCGAGUUAUUAAUGGAUCAGUAUGCCAGUAGACUUGUUUACAGAUCUAUAAAAUCCGGCUUACAGCAAACUGCCAGAAAAAUCAAACUGAAGUACAAUAGAAGAAUAUUUCCUGGACGAAACACAGAGGUAAAUGGUAAGCACGAACUGUUCAAGAUAUCGAAUAAUGAUACACAAAAGCAAAUGAGAAGUAGCAUUCAUCAGUGUGAAGACCAAACUUGUGAAAGGAAUAACAAUACACACAGAACUGAAUGCACAGACUUGCUCCAUUUUUCAGAGUCCCUUGCUCACAGUGUAACUUGUGAUGUCAGAAGAAAACUGAAAAUGUCAGCAGUAUGUUUACCAAAAUCUUUAACAGAUUCUUGUCUGUAUACGAAAUCUAAGCAUGAUGACGUCACAGGGGAUCUCUUUAAAACAACAUUUCUUCCUUUCUCUGAAGAACACAAGCUGUAUCAUAGUACAGGCAGCCUAAAUGAAAAUGGUUACAGUGAAGGCAUAAUUCAAGCGAUAGAACAGUAUGCCAGAAAAAUGGUGGAUGACACUUUAGAAAUGAGUUUGGAGUCUGCUGUUCUCCAGGCUGCUGAAAACAAGAACAAUGGGGAUAGAUUCACUUACACAGAAAAGUUGUCCCCUUUUUCUGGAACAGCCUGCAGAUAUUGCAGUAUGAAAGAACAUCAGUAUUGUACUGAAAGUUCAUCUCAAUGCCUGCCUGCACAAGACCCCCACACUAGUAUCAGGCAAAUACCGAAUUCAGGGUUGGGUGGUGUCUGUCAAAAAUCCAGAGUUUUACACCUUGAUAUUCCCAAAAUUCAUAUUGACACGGAACAGAAGACAUUAUUUUCCGAGAAGGUAGUCACUGCAGCUAUUGAGAAAGCAGAGAGAGAACUGAGCAACACAAGCUUGGCAGCUGAUAGUGGUAUUGGUCAAGAUGGAAUCAGUUUUGCUGAGAGUCUUACUACAGAAAUAAUGACGUCAGCUAUGACUAAUAUUGGUCAUGCUGUUAAUAUGAGUUCUGUGGGAAGAGAAGGAGUCCACUCUGCUGAAUCUAUUGUUAGCCAACAGAUGAGUCUGAGUAUUGGCGAUGAUAGCACUGGCAGCUGGUCCAAUUUAAGUUUUGAAGAUGAGCAUGCUGAUGAGAGCAGCAGUUUUCUUCAUCUCAGUGACAGUUGUGCUCUGUUCUCUUCUUCCCCUGGCAGUAAUGGUAACAGCAGUAGCUGGAGCAGUCUUGGUUUAGAAGGAGAUAUAUAUGAGGAGAAUUUAUCCUUUCCAACAUCAGACAGUGAUGGAACUGAAGAUAAAGAGGAAGAGCCCAAGGAUACUGUAGAAGGUUUGGAGGAUGUAGGAAAGACAUUGCUAAUAGUGAACAUUGACAUGGAACCAAGUAUGGUGGACCCCCAGCUCAGAAUGACACUUCAGUGGCUGGCAGCUUCUGAAGCAGGGGUCGCUGAACUUCAUUUUCAUGAUACUGCUAUGAAGGAGCUCAUGUUUCUUUCAAAAAGACUCCGUGAAAGAGAUUGGAAGGUGGGAGAUCUUUUGCAGGCAGUGCUGAAAUACUGUGAAAUGAUGGAGAAGGCUUCUGAUGGAGAGAGAGGUUUCAAUAAACCUUUGUUUGGUUGGCUUCGGGAAAAUGUCUGAAAAAUCCAAAGAUUCACUAUUCUUCACUUUGUUCCUCUUUUAAAAGGAGAGGAGAACCCAGAUAUUUAGUUUAAAAUUUAGCUGAUGAAUGUUCCGUUAGUAGUCAGCAUUUUAAGAGGCUUUUUGGGGUGAAAGUCAAUAUAGCUGUGCUGUAAGUGCUUUGUGACACCAUGUAUCCAGUAUGUUUAUCCAGUGCAUAUCUUCAUAAUCUGUAUCAGUAUUUUUCAUCCAUGCACUCUUGUAUUACUGCUAUGUUCAGAUGAUUGAAUUAUUAUUUGAAGAAAAAUCUGGUCUAUGACAGUAGUUGACAAAUGACAGUCUAAAAUGGGAGUUAGAGGAUCCCUCCUAUAUCAACACCUUAUUAAUCGCAUGAUUUUAAGUUUGAAUGGCUAAAAAAUACCCCACAAAACCAAACUUUUUAUUUCUGACCAUUUUAAGGACAUUUUUUGUUUUGAAGAAUCAUCUUAUGCUUCCCUCUUAACAAUAGCAAAAAAAUUGAAUGUUUUCCUCAUGCAGUGUUGCCAUUUUUUGACCAUUCUCUCUCAUUCUCCAUAAAAUUCUUUUUAUUCAGGAGAUCAUUUUGUGCCACAAUGAGCACUUUAAAAUCAUAAAAUUAAUUAAAACAUAUGGAGGAAAGUUGCUACAAAUUUAGUUGUCAUUUCUUUCUUAAGUAGCUUGAUUGUUUUAAAAGAAGCCUUUUAAUCAAAUCUUUUGUCAGAUGGAACUCAUAGGUUACUUAUCAGUGCUGUCAUCAUGUCCUGCACUUGGUUUUUGUCCCUGUGUCUUUAGAUAUCAAGUGGUUUGGAAGUAUUGUUAGUUUUUUGUUUUGUUCUACAGAUCCUUUUGUGUGCGUAAGGGAAGCAGGGAGCCCUGAAUGUGAGGUUGUCACCUUAAUGACAUCACUGCAAAAGAAUCAUGGGGGCUCAUUUGUUUUGCUGGGAUAUAAAUAUUGAAAUAGUCUUCUCACUAAUACUGUAGAUAGUAGUGGUGUUUAUAUCCCCAAACUUGGGACCAGAACCUGAGAGGUUGAAUGCUUCUGUAGAAAUUGCAUUUACAGAGCCAUUCUCAGGAUUUUAGCCCUAGGGUGCUGACAGCCAUGGAAAAACAGAACAAAACAAAACAGCACUUUACUGGAAAAGGUAUUGCAUCAGUUUGACCCGGCU